AUGGAGGCGCGCAAGAGGACCCCCCAGCACGAGGACACCUCGGUCGGGAACAAGCUGCAGAACCGCACCUGGAGCUACGGUAACGACAGCGAGGAGGAAGAGAUCGCCAGCGAGAACACAUUGCUGAACGAGGCCAGCGAGCAGAGGCAAAAUCAUUCUACGCCACUGGAAUGCAAGACUUGCCCAAUUGUGACGUUUGCGGAGGACAAAAUGCGGCGCAAACUGCGAUUCUUCUUUAUGAAUCCGGUCGAAAAGUGGCAAGCGAAACGACGUUUCCCUUACAAGUUUGUCGUCCAGGUUAUCAAGAUCAUCCUUGUAACCGUACAGCUCUGUUUAUUCGCACACAGCAAUUAUAUGCACGUAAAUUACACUUGGGACAACCGAAUCACGUUCUCCCAUCUUUUUUUAAUGGGAUGGGAAUCUGCUCAAGAGGUACCUGCAUAUCCACCUGCGACAGGACCGUUGGCUAUCUACAAGCGAAGCGAUUUUUACGAUACUAUCGAUUACGCUCUACACAGUUAUUACAACGUUGACGACGCUAUCGGCUCGUACUCCUACAUUGCCGAAGACAAUUCGGUCGGUCCUGUAGCCCUAUGUCUUUAUCAGUAUAAGGAGGGCAUCAUAUUCGGUUUCAAUGAGAGCUACGUGUUUGACAGCGAGAUUGUGGAAACAUGCAUGAACGUCAGUCUCGAGACCUUCAACACGUUUAACUCGUCGCACAAUCUUCUGCAGGACAGAAAUAUUGACGUCAAUUUCUCCGCGCUGGUACGCGCCCAUCUCAAAUUUGCUCUAAAGACUGUAAAUCUGAAAGCGGCCGGACCAAUGACGCCACCCGAUUGUUACCGUUUCAACAUCAAGAUCAUCUUUGACAACCGUGAUUUCGAUGGACAGAUGCUGCUCUCGUUAGACGCUGACGCUAGGAAGUUGCAAUGCAAAGGUGAUACCCGUUACAUCACGGACAAUCGCAUCGAAUCGGCGCUAAGGACUCUGCUAAAUUUACUUGUCAUACUGAUCUGUACGAUUUCUCUACUGUUGUGCUCGCGAGCGAUAUACAGAGCACAGUUACUGAAGUUCGAGACUAUUAACUUCUUCAAGAAAACGUACGGGACAACGCUAAGCCUCGAAGGUCGACUGGAAUUCUUGAACCUCUGGUACAUCAUGAUCAUUAUCAACGAUCUACUUAUUAUCAUCGGUACCGUCAUAAAGGAACAAAUUGAACGGAAGCACUCCGAGAGUGAUCACUGGAAUAUUUGCAGCAUAUUUCUCGGAACCGGAAACCUGCUUGUGUGGUUCGGUGUGUUGCGCUAUCUUGGCUUCUUCAAGACGUACAACGUUGUCAUUCUAACUCUGAAGAAAGCGACACCGAAGGUGGCAAGAUUCUUGAUAUGCGCGGUUCUCAUUUACGCCGGUUUCACAUUCUGCGGCUGGCUGGUGCUCGGUCCAUAUAAUAUGAAGUUUCGCUCCCUCGCGACCACCUCUGAGUGCUUGUUUGCGUUAAUCAACGGCGAUGACAUGUUCGCCACGUUUUCCAUCACGUCUUCCAAAUCGGCUGUGUUAUGGUGGUACUCUAGAAUCUAUUUAUAUUCGUUCAUCUCGCUGUACAUUUACGUUGUUCUAAGUCUGUUUAUUUCUGUGAUAAUGGACGCGUACGACACGAUCAAGAUCUAUUAUCGCGAAGGUUUCCCGAAGAACGACCUGCAGACGUUUAUAGCUCCAUGCACAGAUGAGGCAUCAAGCGGCAUCUUCAGGGACGACUCCGAGAGAAGCAACUUGACAGAGUUGUUUGAUCGGUUCUGUUGUUGUCGGAAAAGGCCCUUUUACGGAUCAUUUUCAGAGUCGGACUCCUCAACUAAAUCCGAGCAAGUAUGCGGCGGAGCCAUCUGCGUCUAGCGCGUUAACGAAGAACACCUGGAGGUGUUACGGUGCUAUGGAUACGCGGUACGACAUUAAGUCGGUUGCAUCAAUAUCCUCAGUUUAGUCAAUUUACAAUUUUUCUUGCCUUGAUUUGAAUUUCAAUAAAGAAAAGUUAAUUGUAUACAAUAUUUCGUUACACUAUACUCGGCUUUUUUUUAUGUAAUUGGUACAUAUUGUAUCUUUAUAAAGAAAAUUAUAAUUACUAGAAAAAAUGUAACAAUCUUUAAAAAUUCUUUAAAAAUAAGAAGCUUCUCUUUUAUAAAGUAAAAAUGAAUAUUUUUUAUCGUUAAUGUAGUUGGGAUCUUUCUUAAGUAUUAAAACAUAGAUUAUCGAGUAACAUUCAGGAAGAAAGUUGGUUGUAAUUGAAUGUUGGUGCAAUCGGAUCGAUGAAGUAUUUUCAUGAACAUUUAUAAUAUUGGUAGUAAAUUUAUUCGACAAUCGCGACACAUUUAUGCAACGCGAGACAUUUCUGUUACUGCCAUCUAAGUUUAAUUUAUGUAAUAUUUUACAAAAACAUUUAUUAUAAUAGUACGAUUAUAUUAGGGUCCCCUUUUAUUUUGAUUUUUAAUAGAUAUAAAAUAAUUGGUUGCUACAGAAAAAGCAAAAUUAAAUAAUUUUCUACUGAAUGCUUCCUAACAGUUCAUUAACUUCCAACACAUUGACUGAGUCAUUUUUUCAACAUGUUAAAAAUACGUAAAAUAAGUGUCGCAAAGCAUAAACAAACGCGACAAAAAAAAGAGCGUUGAGCGGAACCUCUAAAUUGUUAACCGAUGCAAAGUAAGGCCAAAAAUUUGUGUACAGUAUUUCAUCGAAAAAAUUCUUGUACAUUUGCAUGUAUGAUAUGAUUACAUAUUUAUUAUUGUACUUCGUAACCGUAAAUAUGUCUUACACUUUCAGAACCCAUGUAGAAUUUAUGUAACAUACAUUGCUCUUGCGAUAGAUAUAAUAUUAAUAAAUAAUAGUCUUGAAAGAAGUAAAGUAGGUGAUUAGAAAUCUCAUACAAGAGUUGCAGCUUAAUUGUUACGUAGACCAAUUCAGUGUUAUGUACCAAAGUUAUAAAAAGAAUAUUGAAUAUAUAAUUUAAGUAAAAAUUACCCAAGUGAUUAAACUGUGUGUAUGUAUAUAUACAUAUAUACGUACACACAUACACGUACACAUGUAUAUCAAGCACAACUAUAAGCUUAUUCCACAUAAAAUUGAUGUCAUAGUAAUAUCGAAUAUUAUAAAUCAUCCAAUUAAUAAAUUACAUGAUUAUAAUGGCCAUAGUUCUGAUGUAUAUGUGUGUGUACUGUAUUAAAAAUCUUUAUAUCAAGCGUAAGAUAAACUUGCACAAAAGUAACUUUAUGCAUAGAAAUAUAUUUAUAUUUACAUUGAAGUACAAUAAACGUCAUUUUUUCUAAUA